CUAAAAACAUUCCUUCUCCAGUGUUCGUGGCUAGAAGUACAUCCUAGAAAUAUGGCUCAAAUUGCUAAAAUCUUUGCUGGACGUGCCCAACAAGUCUUGCAAACUGCUGCCAAACAACCUCAAUUGGCUCCACGUUUCUACUGUGCUGCUGCCAACAACUUCCAAUACAUCAAAACUGAAUUGGCUGGUGAAAAGAAAAAUGUUGCUGUCAUCACUUUGAACCGCCCCAAGGCCUUGAAUGCCUUGUGCAAUGGUUUGAUUGCCGAAAUCAACACCACUUUGGAUAAAUACGAAAAGGAUGACAGCGUUGCCGCCAUUGUCAUUACUGGCAGCGAGAAAGCUUUCGCCGCUGGUGCUGAUAUCAAGGAAAUGCAACCCAACACUUAUGAAAAGUGCAUUAUGGGUAAUUUCUUGAACGAUUGGACCCGUGUUGCCAAAUGCCAAAAACCCAUUAUUGCUGCCGUUAACGGUUAUGCCUUGGGUGGUGGCUGUGAAUUGGCCAUGAUGUGCGAUAUCAUCUAUGCUGGUGAUAAGGCCAAAUUUGGUCAACCUGAAAUUGCUUUGGGUACCAUUCCCGGUGCUGGUGGCACCCAACGUUUGACCCGUGUUGUAGGCAAAUCUAAGGCCAUGGAAAUGUGCUUGACCGGUAACAUGAUCAAUGCUGCUGAAGCCGAAAAAAUGGGUUUGGUUAGCAAGGUUGUUGCUGCCGAUCAAUUGGUUUCGGAAGCUGUUAAAUUGGGUGAGAAAAUCGGCACUCACUCUCAAUUGAUUGUGCAAUUGUGCAAGGAAGCUGUUAACACUGCCUACGAGACCACUUUACAAGAAGGUUUGAAAUAUGAAAGAAGAACUUUCCAUGCUACUUUUGCUACUGGUGACCGCAAGGAAGGUAUGACCGCCUUUGUUGAAAAGCGUCCCGCUAAAUUCAACAACAACUAAAUGUUUUGUUUUUUUUUUAAUUAAAUGUUAAAAAAGUUCUAUAUUUUUAUAAUGUUAGUUAUUUUUCCAUUACCAGUAAUGCAUUUAUAAAUAUUAUUGCGAAAACCAAGUUUUCAGUUUUUUUAAAUACGUAUAAGAAUAAAAUUUAAAGAUAUUUUUCAAAGAA